AUGAUGGAGAGUUUUGGAGCUGGCAGCUUGAGAAACGUCGUCACCGCCUCGAAGGAGGCUCCCGUCUACGGAUUCAACUCUUUGAUCAAAUCAUUCUUUACUACACCGUCCACACCGACCUCUCCGUCUUCUAAUGACAGUGACGCUCUCGAUUUCAGCAGCAAUGCCGCCGCCGCCCGCCCGCCGUGUUACCCAAGGCGUCCGGGUCAAAGCAACAGCAAGAACCAAACCCUGGACCGCUCACAUCCUGCUAUUCGCCGCCGUCGCGUGUCCCGCCGCUGGGAGACCCCACCUAUCCUCGAGACGAAAGAGCCCAAUUCUAGAUCCGCGGGCAGCGAAGAAUCCGACAUCUCCACCUCAGACGAAUGCUCGUUGUCAGACGACUCUUCAGAGGCUGCUGACACCAUCUAUUACUCAACGAUCGCCGGCGCCCCACGUAGUCCUCCCAAACCUUCUAGGCCGAGACUGUGUCGAACGCCUAACGGCUUGCAGCCUGUGGCUUCCCGAGCUCUCGCUGUCCCAGUUAUCCCUGAAACCUCCGACACUGCAGACACCGAUGCUGAGAGCAGCGACGCCCAGUCAGAACCUGACUCUGACUCUGAUUCUGAACUGCCUAACUCAUUCGCCGACUUCCCCGCACCACCAGGUCUUCCCGAAACCUUCCCAUCCGUCGCAUCCGUUCCAUGUCGUCCAUAUCCCGCAGCUCGAUUCUUCAACCACGGAUAUUCCAGGAGCGCGUUGAACUGUAUCAAGAUCGCGUGGGAUAACCGUCGACAGAUAUGGGAGAGACACGAAGAAGAACUUGCUCAACGGACGACGGAUGCGGAGAACAACUCUGCAUACUCUGCCAUCGAAUCCCCUGAGGUCGGGACACCGAAUUCGCCUCCCAGCACUUUCAGACCACCUGCCUGGACGGUUCCUAUACUGGAGAGAGACAGAGAGGGUGAGCAUGACAUGGAGGAUCCCAGUCCGCUGAUGUUUCCUCGUAUGGGGAGCUUCUCGCCGCUACGAGACGAGGACUCGAGGAGGGCCGUGAUCUGUUUCGACCGCACGUUCAGGAACUUUCCGCUGUCGCAGAUCCGGAGAAUCCUCUACGUGGCCGACAUGACUUCGCGGCUGGACCUGCAACGCGAGAAGAAGGAGAGGAGGGCCAGGGAGUCUAGGCUGAGCGAGAGCCGUCGGCGGGAUGGUGUGAGCCCGGAUGAAGAGGCGGAGGAGGGAAAUAGCUUCGUUUCGAUCGGCCUAACGACUAAUACGCACAAGUCGUCAGACCCCGCUAACCUCACCUCGGACUCGACACUGAUCAACCCUCUUCAGCACGACCACUCAAUUGACGACUCAGGUGCCGACAAGGACGCCGAGGGAUCGUCCUGGGGAAUCGACGGGGAUGCCCUCGAUUGGGAGAACAAUUGGCGCGUCCGCUGGAACACGUUCUCCUCCAUUAUCCGCGAGUCUUCGACCGUGCUCGAGGAAUACAACCUCGACACCACCGUGCAUCCUACCUCGUCAUUGAACAUGCCCAUUCUCGCCCGCCAACUCGAGCAUCCCUAUGUGUCCUUCCUGUUCCCCGAAGAAGGUACAACGCUGGGCGAACAGAGAUUCACCAUCCCAGAGGAGUUUUCUGACUCGGACGUGGAUACGUCGUUCGUCGUGGAGCAUGACGACGAUCCGACGAGACCGGAAACGCCUACGUUAGGGAGAAGGUCGAAGUUCCUCUUAGGGAGUAAUGAUGGAGGUAGUGACGACGAAGAGGACUUUGGGUUCGGCCAUGACGAGGACGAGGACGAAGAGGAAGAUUAUGGGGAGUUGGUCGUUGAUUCUAGGGCGCUAUUUGCGAGGCCGGUAAAGGUGGAGAUCAUCGAGGUCAAUUUCAACGACGAGGAUGACACGUGA